AAUCCCUCUCUUGGAAAAUCCUUUACAGGUCCCCAACCUAAUUUCACCUCGACACCCUUCCAUGGCUACUGCAGUGAUAUGCUCGGUUUCAGCUUCGAUUCUUGCACCAAUGACUACAAGCUGUUCAGGAUAAUGCAGCUUCAGUUUGUCUCUGGCGACAGACUAGAAUUUCAGAGUAAGGCUGAACUUUUACUCACUGGCCGCAAAUUCUUGGAAGAUAAUCACUGAUCUUGCACCCAUCACAUAUAGGAUGAAGGACGGAGUUGUUCCAGUUUAUGUGAACAAUGCAUUCCAUUGGAUUAUGAGUUAUCGGAUGGAGGGUGUUGGAGUUAGGAGUUUGAUUCUGGUAUUUGAUGUUAAAGAUGAGGUGUUUCGUGAAAUUAUAUUGCCAGAAAGUUUGGUAAACGCUAUUGAAACUGAAGUUGAUGUUAAGAGGUUUGGGGACUCUUCAAUUGCAGUUAUUUUCAGCAGUGUGCCUCGUGAAUUUCAUAACUCUCAGAUAUGGGUGAUGAAAGAGUAUGGUGUGAUAGAAUCAUGGGUGGAGUAUGCAAAGGUUGGCAAACGAAGGAAAGGAAAGUCGACUGUGCUGGGGUUUAGGAAGAAUGGGCAACUGUUGGUGAAAUUUUUUCGUGGGCAAAUAGCUUUAAUUAAUCAAGAAAAUCAAUGCAUUCAGAAUAUUGCACUUCAGCAUUUAGGUGCUCAUGCUUUCGUUGAUAACUACGUGGAGAGCCUUGUAUUAUUUGAUAAAGGAAAUGCUGUAGAGACUCGUCCCUCAGGGAAGCCAAAGCGACGCAGAAUCAACAGGGAGUAG